AUGCUAUUCUACAAGGCUCUCUUGAGUUUGUAUCUUUUUUCUGGUGUGACACAUGGACUUCCUCUUCCACUUCAGAUCUUUCAAAAGAGAAACGCUGCGGUGGUGACCAAAAGUGGUACCACACAUGUGGAUACCAUUACAGAUAUCAAUAUAGUUACGAUUACUGCAACAUCAUGCCCUGAGGCUACCAAUAGUGUUUCAACUUCUUCUAUAUCACAUAGUUCCUCUGCUGAGGCCAAUGUGCUGGUGGCAAAAGAUCUGAGUGAUACAUCUACAUUGAAGACCAUAACAACAAGUAAAGAAGCUACUUCUACAAGUGUCGUUAGUGUUAUUGUCAGCGACCCGGAUGCCACUGAUACCCCAGAUGACGGCUUAGUGCAUAUUGUUAACGUUGUCAGUCAUCCAGGCGCAUUAUUUAGAGCAACUAGUGUUGAUGAUCCAAUUACUACAACGUAUACAUCCACCAAUGUUCCAAUUACCACUUCUACAUCAGAAGAGAUCCCAUCUAACUACGUUGUUGUUUCAAGUACUGGAACUAUCGUGACAUAUGCUACUUCUGCCACUUCAAGCACUCUUUCAAAUGGAUCAGUCUCUAAAUUCAUCACUAGUUCUAUUGUUUCGUCUGAACCCAUCAUUUCAAAUGUUGCCAGCUCAGUUUCAUUUUCUUCCAUAAAUUCCGCUAUUUCCUCGAGUAUAGUUACAAAUAGUGAGUCAAGUGAUCCUGUUAGUUCGGAGGCUUUAGUUGCAGAUUCUUCUUCUGCUUCAUUAUUUCCCUCGUUAACAUACAUUUCAGAUAGUAUAGACUUGUCAGUUGGAUCAGCAAAUAUUCAGACUACUACCCUACAGACUUCUACCACAAGUUAUAACAAGGAUUCUACUUCACUUACACAAGAUAUUACAUCUGAAUCUUCAACUGCCAAAGUAUUUAUAUCAGAAUCAUCUACCAAGGAAGAAUCCCUAUCCGAUUCCUCCUCAUAUCAAACAUCAACGCCUGUCUCCUCUAUAUAUGAGGCAGCCACAUCAAGCUCUUCCACAUACGAAGCAUCAACAACUUCAACCCUUGUAACUUCGUCCACAACAGAUUUAGUUACCUCAACCAGUAGUUCCACUUCUGAAAGCUCUUCUUCAUCUGGUAUCGGAUAUGUUACUGGUCAUCCAGUUACAAUUGUUUACUCUCCUUAUACCAACGAUAGCGGUUGCAAAUCCUAUGAUACUGUGUAUUCUGAUCUUUCCCUAAUUAAAUCAAAGCAAAUCAGUGAAAUUAGAGUUUAUGGAAAUGAUUGCAACUAUCUCACGACAGUUUUGCCAAUUGCUGCCAUAUUGGGACUCAAGGUGAACCAAGGAUUUUGGAUCUCUUCUGAUGGAGUGGAUUCAAUUGAUUCUGCUGUCUCUGAUUUGAUUAGUUCCGUUACAUCUGGUAAUUCAGGUUUUGAUUGGAGUUUGUUUUCGUUUAUAACGAUCGGAAACGAAGCUAUCAUUAGCGAUUACUGUACCGUUGAUGAGCUUAUUUCUAAAAUUGCAAGUGUUAAAUCACAACUUAGAAAUGCAGGUUAUGAUGGUUUGGUGACAACAUCUGAGCCUCCUGUCACCUUUGAGGAGAACCCAACACUUUGCACUGAUUCAGAAAUUGACUUUGUCGGUAUCAAUCCACAUUCGUAUUUUGAUGUUUAUGCCAGCGCAGACACUUCUGGGGAUUUUGUUAAAGGUCAAAUAGAAAUUGUUCAAGGAGUGUGUCCAGAUAUGGAUGUUGUGGUUACUGAAACCGGAUAUCCAAGUGCUGGAAUAACUAAUGGUAAAAAUGUUCCUUCCCCUUUGAAUCAAAAGAUUGCUAUACAAAAUAUAUUUGACAUUGUGGGAACGAAUGUUACUAUUCUCACAACUUUCAACGAUUAUUGGAAACAGCCAGGAAAUUAUGGCAUUGAGCAGAGCUUCGGAAUUAUACAAUUGCUUCAGUAA